CUUCGCGUCAAGCAUCAAUUCAAGAAGCUUUAAAUUUUCUUGAAGCACAAAAGACUAGUUCAAGCUUACCUUUAAGUAUACGCAAAGUUGCUUUUAAUUAUAGUAUUGCUGAACAAAUAUUGCGUAAUGCCAUAGCUAGAG